AUGCCUCGGUAUGACGAUUACGACCUGCCCUAUUCGUUCGCGGGUAGCCACGAAGGUCAAAGAGAACUGUUGGGUCACCUGAAGAAUACGUGCUUCUCGGAUAAGUUUAGCGACAUGAAGAUCCGCCUCAGCAACGGCGAGGAGAUCAACUGCCACCGCGCCAUAGUAUGCGCCCGAUGCCAGUUCUUCGAUAAUGCCUUAAAGGAUAAUCGUUUUCGGGAGGGCCAAACGGGAGUCAUUGACAUGCCAAACGACCGCCCACACGCCGUCAAGGCGCUCCUGGAGUUUUGCUAUAAAGGUGGCUAUACUGUCAGCUCGGACCUCGAUCUCUCCGACAAGCUGCUUUUCCAGGUCGACGUAAUGAACGUGGCUGCCAUCUACAAGAUGGAAACACUGGAGAAUAUCCCGGCUGGCUGGGUCUACUCAUGCCUUACUAACAACUGGGAUGCCGUAAUACCUAUUCUGCCGGACGUCUACAGGAUCCUCCAGCACCUGGACAGUCCGACUCGGUCAAAGUGGAGUCCCUACAUGCUCGACACGCUUCUGAAAGGCGCUCUCGAUCACAUAGACCCGCUAAUUGAGACGGAGACAUGGGAAGGCCUCUGGAACCAUGCACGGGAUUUCAUGGAGGAAAUGUCCCGUGGGAUGGAAGAGAAAUGGUAUCGUCAAGACUGGCACAUCGACCUGGCGGAGAAAUGGCUCACGAAGAUGCUGGGCGCUGAGGCUCUACGGGUAGUGCAGUGCCCCACUCGGGGCUGUGCAAUCAGAAAGAAGGGAGUCAUUAUCUCGGGAGAGCCUGUCUGGACAUGCCGCAGCUGUCAGGUUAAGGUUAGGCUCGAUUAA